AUGCAGCCGCAUUCAUCGACAAGACAUCUCACGCCUCAUGGUACCGACAUCCACUAUAUCUCAUCCAGCAACCAGGGGGAACGUCUCGUUGUCUUGUUACAUGGACUAGGCGGCUCAACAGAAACAUUCCGAGACCUAAUUCCCUUUAUACCGCCUGGCUAUCAAGUCAUCGACGUAGAUCUCGAAGGUUUCGGAAAGACACCCCUCAACCCAGGGAAGCCUCUUUCAUUUGCACGAUAUGUCUCCGACUUACACGAUCUCAUCACAUAUAUUCAGGAACAUCCUUCUCCCUCGGCAGCAGGAGCGAGCAGUAACAAAGAACCAGUCCUCCUUGUCGGUCACUCCCUUGGCGGUAUCAUCAGCUUACACUAUGCUGCCCAGUAUCCCGCCAAAGUGGCAGGACUUUUACUUCUGGGUGCAGGCCGUUCCGUGAGGGGCAUUCCGCCGGCGCAGCAGCGCAUGCGAGAUCUUGCGAGAAUAGCGCGUGAGAGAGGUAUGGAUGAGGUUGGGCAGAUCGCGGUCAAGACGAAUUUCCCAGCGGAUCGCACCAACGACAGCGCGCACGAACAGCAGGUGCGUGAGGCUGUGGAAUCUUGCUCUGCUGAGGCAUAUGCAGCCACAGCAGAAUUAGUCGCCAGCGACGACCACCAUGACCCCGAUUACAGUCUGAUCAAGUGUCCGGCUGUGUUUGUGGCCGGUGACAAGGACAUGAUCAGUCCGCCGCAGAGGUCGAAGGACAUCAGCAGUUUGGUGGGAGGGCCUUCAGAAGUUGUAGUGGUCCAAAGCGGUCAUCAGAUGAUCCUGCAGGAUACUGAGGGCGUCGCAAAGGCGCUCGGCAACUUGCUUGCCAUGUUAUGA